AUGGAGAUAUCUAUGUUCGAUCCUUGUUUUGGAAUUGAUUUUAAGGUCGAAGAACCAGUAGAGUUAGAUGACCUAGUUAUAAAGUCGUCACAAAAAUUAAUGUCAAAAGAUGUAAAUGUUGUUCCUGAAAAAUGUAUAAAAGGAAUACAAUAUCCAUGUGUUCAAUGUGAUAAAACUUUUACGAGUAAAUCUCAUCUAAAUAAACACGUGAAAUCUAUUCAUGAAAACUUGAAAUAUGCGUGUAAUCAGUGUAGUGGAGAGUUUGCAUCUAAAUUUUAUUUACUUGAACAUGUGAAAGUGAUUCAUGAGGGAAAAAAAUAUCCAUGUUAUCUGUGUGAUAAAAAAUUUGCAUCUAGAUGCAAUUUAAGUAUACAUGUAAAAGUUAUUCAUAAAGGUAUGAAAUAUACUUGUAAUGUAUGUAACAAAGAAUUUUCUUUUAAAGGAAAUCUAGAUAGACAUUACAAGAAUAUUCAUGAAGGAAUAAGAUAUACAUGUAAUCAUUGUGAUAGAAAGUUUACAACAAAAUACGAUUUAAAUGAACAUAUAAAAGUUAUUCAUGAAGGAGUAGUAUAUCGAUGCGAUCAAUGUAAUAGAUGGCUUGCAUCUAAAUCCAACUUAAUGGAACACAUGAGACGUGUUCAUUUAGGAGUGAAGAUCGCUUGGGAACAAUGCAAGAAAAAUUAUUUUAAAAGAAGUAAACUAAAUGAACAUAUUAUAACGGUUCAUGGAGGUAUGAUUGAAUAAAAUAUCAAAUAUUAGUUACUAUUUUGUUUUUGUAAGAGAUUUAUAUAAUAUAGAUAAAAGGUGGUUCGCAGCGGAAUCUAUAAUGCGAUCAUGAACUAAUUGAUGUUAGACCACCAUUAAAACCCUGGAAGCACUGGACGGUCGUUUCACCCUAUUGUGGGACUCCUCAGCAGUGCGUAUCCACGAUCCCGCUCUUUUGAUCCUAACGUCUUCCAUUGACCUUCUGAAUUUUUUACUGAUGCAAAUAUGACCUAUUUGGUUCUCCGUGGUGUAGUUCGGUGAGAUCCAUGCAGCGUUUUGUAUGUGUUUGUGUGGGAAUAUAGUGCUACCUAUAACCAUUCUGUUGAAUGCACAUAGGUUAGCGAGUCUCUCACCAUUCUUGUCCCUUUCUCUUGGUCCAUGUCGUUCCAUGAUAUCUUCAUACCUGGUGUUGUUUAUUUCAAAUUUGGCGUUUAGGUCUCCCAUCAGGAUUAUCUGGUCUCUAUGAUUGAUUACAGCCUCUCGUAAAACUGAUCUUUAUCGUCGUCGUUGCUAUCAUUGGUGAGUGCGUAAUGCUGGAUAACAUGCAUUGUGAUUCCCUUCUACUGUGUUUGGAGGGAUGCUUUGAUGAUCCUGAAUCCUUGAGAUUCACAUCCUAUAAAUGCAUUUCGUGCUUCUUCGGACAGUAUCAGAGCAACUCCCCGAGUGUGUGGAGCGUUUUCCUCUUCUUGACCAGAGUACAGCACCACUUCUUCCGAAUCUAUCUUUUUUUGUCCAGUUUGAGUCCAAUGGGUUUUGGUGAUUCUGAGAACCGCCGAAUUGUAUCUCAUUUCCGUUGCUAUUUGACUGGUCUUUUCGGCCUCUUACAUUGUCCGAAUGUCCCAUGUACCCACAUUAAUUGUUGCUCUGGUUGUUAGAAGGGGCAUAGGCCUCGUGAAGCCUAUGAAGCAUCAUAAUUCUUUAUUCAACCCCACGCCAAACUCUCCUCCUUUGUGUGAGCUUGGGAAUGGCAGUACUGGGAGAGCUACAGGUGGAGUUAAUGUAUUGUAUGUGUUAUAUAUUUUUGUUGAUCUUAAACAUUUCCUGUGAUGAUUUACUUUAAAAACCAAUUCUUUUUAGGAGCGGAAUUUUCAUGUAUUUAGUUCGACCAUAUAAUCUAUUGAAGGAUGUCGACUGAAAGAAUGUUAUAUGCGAAGUAACUGAUGUUUGAAGUCUUCGUUAUUCCAGUCGUCAGGUGUAUUGUUGUUGCUAAAAGAGAAAUACUUAUUUUUUAUACAACCAUUAUAAUAGAAUGAAAAAUUUAGUUUUUCAUUUAUUUCAAUAAUGUUUUCUUUUCUUUAUUUUAUGUAUAUCAAAUGUAUCUUUUGUAUAAUAUUUAUUUUUAUUAUUUUUAUUUUAUGUCAUCUUCAUUGUACAAAUAAAGUGAUUAUUUUUUAUUGAAUUUCUGGUUACUAGUUUUUUCUGUUUACAAAUGUCUAGGUAACGUAUACAGUAUUCUUUUUUCAUUUCAUAAAUCAAUAUAAUUCAUAUCGUUUUAAAGUGUAAAAUAAAUGAGCUGUAUUGAUUUUUAACUAACUUUUUUGUCAGGUACAACUUUUUGAUGUGACUUUGUCAAUCAUAUUCAAUGGUAAAACAGUAUUAAUCCAGGAAAUAAAUGAAAUUAAUAGAGAUGGAGAAAAAUGGGAAUCAGAUUCAGCUAUGAUUGUAAUAGAUUUAUUGAUCACGUUAUGUAUAUAUAAUGUAAGUAUAAUAGAACGAAAAUAUUUGAAAUUAUGCCAAAAAUCAAACCCUUAAUUAGUUAUGUUGAAUGUAACUACUUGAAUAUCAAUCAUUUGUACAGAUCAUUUCUCAUAUCCUCUUUCAGUAGAUGUGUAAACAUUUUUGGCAUGGAUAUUGUCUAUGGAAAUAAAUCUAUUCUUUUUCAAAGUAAUAAAGAGACUGUAUUGGUGUAAUUCAGUACCUACUUACAACCUUUUUAGUUUAUGUAAAGCGAGAUUAUUUUAUUCUAAAUCCGCUUUGUAUAGAAAUCACUAGUCAAAUAACUUUUUGAGACUGGACUGAUUUGCUAAAGUAUGUUCAUGAAACAAAGUUAUUCCAGUUGUUCGUACGCUUUAUCGACGAUUACAUCUAUUCGGAUACGUGAGAAGUCUUUCAUCAGUGGUACUUGUAAAAUUUGAUAAUUGUUUUCUAUAUACUUAACUACAUAGUAUCAAC